AUGGGUUUAAUUCCCAAAUAAGAAGGCACCCCUCAUAAUCACUCCCAAAUAUGGAACAAUAGGUAAGGAGAAGAGAAAAUUUUUUUUAAAGAUUUUUAAUUAGACAUUUUCUGUAAUGAACAGAAUUUAACAAGAACGUGCAAUCAAUCAGUAUUUAAAAGAAUGGAUUUAUAUCGACCAUAUCAAAUAUCAUCGAAGCUAAGUUUAUAAUACAUAGAUGAGACUAAUUCCCAGACAGGGACCUCAUCCUAAUUGGUGAUUUAAAUUCCAAAAUGA